AAUGUGCUGCCGUCUAUGGACUUGCGAUUGGAUCCAGGUAGCCGGCUUUGCCCUUUCCGCCCCACGCUCUCGUGCACAGUAUAGCUACAGUCACUCCACCCCACACACUCACAGAGGGACGCAGAGAAGCACCAGGGGAGUUAUGGCAAUGGCUCAGGGAAGAGGCAGUGCGGCGCAGGGCUUCACCCUCGGCUUCCUCGUGCUGUGCCUCCUCCUCGGCGCCGACACCGCCGGCGCCGCCACCUACAACGUCGACUGGUCGUUCGCCGCCGGCAGCUGGCCCAGCGGCAAGAGCUUCCGCGCAGGGGACGUCCUCGUGUUCAGCUACAACCCGGCCGUGCACAACGUGGUGGCGGUGGACGCCGGCGGCUACAACAGCUGCCGGGGCUCCGGCGCGACGCACACCUACACCUCGGGGAGCGACCGCGUGACGCUCGUCCCUGGGACGAACUACUUCAUCUGCAGCCUCAGCGGCCACUGCGGGCUCGGGAUGAAGAUGGCCGUCACUGCAAACUGAAGCUAGCUGCAGCUUCCGGUUUCAAAAAAGCUAGCCGCGGCUGCGAUGCCUUCUGUGCGCAUGUGAAAACAUCAAUAAAGUAAGUACUAGCGAUCUAAACACUCUUAUAUUUCUUUACAGAGGGAGUAUGUGAUAGUGUACGCCCCGUGUGUUGUAUCCCUGAGUUGCUAACAUGAUACAGAAGCCAGCAGUGUGCAUCCAUUGAUGCGGAGACCGAGGACGUGAUAUCCUUCUUUUCGGAAGAAAAAAAAAAUACAGCAGCGAGUAGGCAUGUGUUAUGUGUGGAUAUGGAGGGUGGUAGGUAAUGCAUGAUGUUUGUAUGAACGAUCGCCGGCAUGGCAGUAAAGAACCUCGGACUGGUUUGUUUAA